CGCCCGCCUGCGGCAGUCACUCUUUCAUGCUCGUCGUCAUCCCCCAGCGUCGCUGAGAGCCUCAGGCUUUGUCGCGUCCUCAAAAACGCCGCCUCGCCCGCUCCGCUGCCCCCUCCACCACCACCGCACCAUGGCCUCCGCGACACCCACCAUGGACCAUGGCAUCCCGACCACCUCGACCUCGCACCCGCACGACCCUAUUCCCGCCGAGCCACGAGCCCUGCCCGAGCUCACCCUCCGCCCUUCGCAGUCGGCCUCACACCACCCGGAGCAGACGUCGCCGAGGUCGUCCGGAGAAUCCAUGCUAUGGAGCACCGCCAGCAGCGACGACUCGGAAGCGCCCCUGACGCCCAACACCGAGCCUGAGCGGCAGGUGGAUGAGAUGGUCGACAAGCUGCAGGCGCUGCCCGCCGCCGCCGUCAAUUUCACCGAGCAGGCGCGCCCGCGACGCGCCUCGACUACGCUCAUCUCAGACAGCCCCUCAGACAUCCGGCGAAUCCUGGGCGAUGGCGAGACGGCCACCAAGCUCAUCAGCCAGUGCUGCGGCGGCGGAUGCUGUCUGCUCAAGACAUUGGCUCCGGACACGUCGUCGCCCAGCUUCAGGCCCGUUGUCAUCCCAGACAAUCGCGCCUUUGCGAGUCUGAAUCUGCGCCUGGGGCCUCUUGCCCUCGACAGCGAGCUGACCGACACCACGCCGAUGCCGCCCGUCAAUAUGUCCUUCGAGCCAAUUCCCGCCGCCGACGCCAAGCACGUCUCCAAGGUCCACAAGGAGCCGCCAGAAUAUGUACAGCCGCAUCCUCCCUAUCAAGUCUACUCGGCACCGCUCUACCACGCACGCGAGCUGACCAAGCCCGGCGCCGAGAAGAGGACGUUCCACUUUGAUCUUGACGUGACCGACUACCCAGACGAAGGCGGCGUCGACUUCAAGGUCGGUGGAGCCAUUGGCAUCUGCCCGCCAAACUCGCCCGAGAUUGUCGACGAGCUCUUUGACGUUCUCUGCAUUCCCAAGUUUGUGCGUGACAAGCCAGUCACGCUCAAGACCAACGGCGGCCGCUGGCCCACUAUUUGGGGGGAGGACCAAGCGCGCGAGCUGGUCACGACGCGGCGGGAGAUACUGACCUGGUGCGUAGACCUGCAGUCUUUCCCGCCCACCAAGCACCUCCUCCGCAUCAUGGCCGAGUACGCAGACGCGCCCAACGAGAAGAAGAUCCUCAUGUAUCUCUGCUCCGCCCAGGGCCAGGCUGCCUUCUGCGACCUCCGGACGGCGUCCCACCUCACCGUUGCCCAGCUGCUCCACGCGUUUCCCUCUUCCAAGCCGCCACUGCCUGCUCUGCUCUCCGUCCUCAACCAGCUGAUGCCGCGCUUCUACUCGCUCUCCAACGACCCACACAUCUCGUCUGCCCGCCCGAGUCUCCCCGGAAACCGCCGCCUCAUCGAAAUGGCCGUCACCAUCCACGAGACAGCCGAUUGGCAUGCCGAUGGCGCUCUACGCACUGGAGUUGGCAGCGGUUUCAUGGAACGCAUGGCUCAAGCUUUUAUCAGUGCGGAGAACGAGGGCAUCGACCCGCGGAGCAUCCUCGACCUCCGCGUCCCCAUGUUCCGCGGGCUUAUGGCCAACCCGCUUUCGAAGCGGUUCGGUGGCGAAGGCCCAAUGGUGCUUAUUGGCGCGGGCGUCGGCAUGGCGCCCUUCCGAGGCUUCAUCCUGAACAGGUUGAAGAACGCCAACUGCGCGAACAAGAUCUGGCUGAUCCAGGGAGUCCGCGACUCUAUGCUCGACGAAAUCUACUCUGGCGAGCUCGGAGACCACGAACGCGAGAUCAAGAGGGUGGUGCAGAGCCGCAAGUUCCGAAGCGGCCAGAGCGAGACCAAGUACGUGCAAGACGAGGUGCGGCUGCAGGCCGACAUCGUCUGGUUCGUCAUCAACGCCCUGGACGGCCGCAUCUUUGUCUGCGGCAGCAGCCAAGGCAUGGGCGAGGGUGUUGAAAGAGCGCUUAUGGAAGUAGCCAUGCAGAAGGGUGGCAUUGGCGAAGAAGAGGCGAAGGAGUUCUGGGCCAAGAAGAAGGAAGACGGCCAAUACAUUGCUGAAACUUGGUAAAAUCGUGUUGUCCUCUUGCGCGUGACGGACGGCCUGUAUAUACCCUCCAUCCGAACAAUCGCUCCUACAUAGCAUAGACGUUGUCGCUCUUUGACUGGCGUUGGGAGAGGGAUACACCUAGAAACAAAAUGCUCGGGCAUACCAUUUCUGAUUAUUUACAUUCAUCGCGUUGGACCGCGUCGUGCUAUCGUUGUACAAGCACACAUAGCAUGGAGUCCUGGAGCAUGGCGGCGGCGUUUCUCCCUUCUGUGGGCGGCCAGACUAGAUUUACAGUCUGCAGCAGCCUUGUCGUAGCUAGAAAUUAUGAGUAGUGUAUCGAUAGGAAAUUGAGACCAAGUCCAAAUCUUCUGCG